AUGUGGUGAAUAGAAUCUUUCGAAUGAUUUCCCAUGGAACGAUGUCAAAUUAUGGCGCACGCGUGACAGCCCAGUAACACGCAGCAGUCUUAACCCUUUCGAUUGUAAAUACAUUAAUUUAGUUAUAUCUCUUUAUUUAUACAUUAUACGUGUGUAUACAAUUCGUUCAGAAUAAGUUUCAUUCGCUUGUUAAUUAAUUGUGUGCUGCCUGUGGUUCCGUUUCAUUGAAGUGGUGGUAGAGCCAAGAAACUGUGUGUGAAGCUCGGAAAAAAUGGAGGUCGUAGCUCGAUCGAAAUCGGGAGCCCGUCUCGUUUGAGAACAGUUAAAUAACGUGAAUUUCCUGUGAGAUAACGAGUUCCUGUCACGUCUCCUCGAUUCUUGAUGUUAUGAGAUAACAGCCGAGGUGCAACGCAUGAAACAUGAAGUCGAUGAAAGCGAAGACGAAAGCUAAAAAGCCAAACGGGAAAUUCGGUAAAGUCAAGUUCCCUUCUGUAGAGGCUGCACCAGAUUUGUCGCAGCUAAGGCCACCGAUAGACACAAGUAUUUCAACCUUGUACCGCGUGACCAAACUCCUGGAAAGUGGCAGCGACGAAGUUAAAGCUAUUUUGUCAUACGAAUGCGAUCUGAUGUACGAAUGCCGUAUAUGCAGAAGCAUCUUCAGAAGCCUGAUCAAUUUAAUUUCCCACAAACGUGUUUAUUGUAAAGAAAAAUUUGAUAUCACCCGUCAUAAGUUUCAUGAUACUACUUGUGUAAGUAAACUGAAUGCUCAAAAUACGGAGAAAGUAUUUGAGGAACCUAGUGGCAAUGACAGGAUUUUAAGAAGUCAAACCAAUAAGCCAAAAGAGAAGAAAGAUCUUACUGCAAUUGUUAAUAUGUUGCAGAUAAGACGAGAAGUAAAGUUAGAGUUGAAUAAUGAACAAUCGCCUCUGGACAGUGUGCACUCUGAACCAGCAGUAAAUGAAACUACUGAAUCCAUGCCUUUGGUUCAAGAGUCGACACAAGCAGAGGGAACAGAGUUAAGAGAUGCUAAACAGCAGACUAUGGAAUUAGAUUCAGAAGUUAUACAGUGCAAUCAACAACUAAAUAACAAUAGUAUACCUGAAGUUAAUGGUGGCAGUAGUCUGAAUAAGAUUGACAUUGCCAGAGAGAACGAGCAUAUUUGUCCUCUAUGCUAUGAGAAAUUCUCAACGAAGAAAACGCUAGCUGUUCAUACGAGAACAGUGCAUACAUCUCACAGAUUGUGUUAUCCUUGUCCUUGUUGUUCUGUUGUAUUUGCAAAUACUUGGAGUGCUUAUAGACAUCUUUACAAAGUUCAUAAAAAGACUAAUGAACAAGUGCGUAAACUGAGAUCACAAAUUCAACAGGGAGCAUUUAUCAAGGAUACCUCUCCUGCCGUAAAUGUACAAAAGGAAAGUGUUAGCAAAACCGUGACGAAUAGCGUAAAUGAUAGAAUUAAUGAAACGCAGGAAUGGAUGGAUCAUCUGGAAUCUGACACGGAGUUACAAAGAUGCGGGGGUUGCGGGAAAAGAUUUGACAGGAGGGUAGCUUUGUUAUCGCAUUUACAACAUUGUCAGAUGCGCAUCGUGGCGUUCGAAGGCUUGGUCAAAGGCAAAAAGAUGAAUAAAGCUUCGUCAGAUUCUGUUCAAAAUGGAAAUACAUCGGCUAACAACUGGGAGAUCCAAAAUAACGUCGAUGCUCGAACCUCUCCCGCUUCCGUCGAACCCAGUAACAGCAACGUAAUGCCUUUUCGCGUGGAAACAGUUGCCAGUUUGAGCAAAGAUGAAUGGGAAAGAUUAAAUAAUUGCGACGUAAUUCCACAAACCGAAUCGAACGGAGAUGUUUCCUCGAAUCUCACAAACGGAACAGAAACUAUGGAGGACCUCGUUUUGCCUACUAAUGAUAACUCUAAUUCUUUAGAGAUCGUGUACAUUAAUAUAAAUAAACGUAAAAAUAAUGUUGGAAGUAAAAAACGAAAAAAUAAGCAGACUCCAAGGAGAGUGGUCAAUGAUACGUAUAAAGUUUCAGCAAACGAUAAAGUAAACGAUGAACAGAUCAUAGGAACUGAGCAGCUGGACUAUUCGCAAACAAUGGAAAAGAAAUUACUUUCGAUAGUGAAUUUCGAAAAGCUUCAGUGCCUUCCGUGCAAGCAGAAAUUUAGCACGGUAAAUAGUGUAAAGAAACACGCUGCUAACCAUAUCGGUUGGAAUCGUUUCGGAUGCAAACUCUGCGACUACAAAUGUUUCGCAAAAUGUGACUGCGUGGCGCAUUGCAAUAAGGUACAUAAUGCUCAAAACAACCGUGUCGUCUUAGAAGACAUGAUUGCACGGAUUACUGAUGAUCAGUUUAUACCUGCGUGCGAUCAAAAUGUAAGCGGUGCAAACUCGGACGAGGAGAUCGAAGACGUCGAUAUGCCGGAGGUUGUAGAAGUCAGUAUUCCUGCGGAUCAUAUGGAACCGGAAGUUCAAAUUCGGGAGGAGUCAAGUGAAACAGAAUCGAUAGUGCGCGAUGCAAAAUCGUGUGAAGAGGAAUCGGUUCGUGUGAACGGUGAAACUGAAGAGAAUUCAGAUAACAGUAUGAAAAUGGGAUUAGAUCCUGAAGUUAAAAAGAUGGUGUUGGAAGUUAUCUUCGGACCUUCCGAAGUUGACUCUAUGGAACAAGCGGAAGCACAGAAGGCGCAACAGAAUAAAGAAGACGAUGCACAGCCGAAGGAGAAGAUCCCGAAGGAAAACGAUUCUGUACGAGAUAGUUCCAAACCGCAACGUCCUAUUCGUAAGAAGAUGAUGCCCUUGAACAAAGAUUUCAUUUACGACUUGAAGGAUUUAACAAUUCGGAAAUUUCCUGUGAUUUUAAAACCUCGUAACAAACCUCUUAGCAAAAAGUAUGCAGUACAGGAAGAAGAGAGUACGGAGAAAGAAUUGGAACACCCGGCCAAACGUUUUAAGUCCGGGCACAACGGUGAAUUGCCAACUAUUUAUGAAAACGAUAUAGGUGAACGGAGUGUUACGCAGGAAGAUGAUUCGAAGGAUAAUCUUACUUCUCCUCAGUGCCACAGUUAGUUAGUUAAAAAUAUAUAAUCCUAGGAAAUCAAAUCUGUAUUACAGACGAUAUCCAUCUUAUGGAAACGAACUUCAUUUCUUAAUGUUCAUCACUUUUUUGUUCUAUUUUGUUCGUUCAAUUUUCUGAAUGAACAUUUCACGGAAAAUGUUAAACUCAAUUCUUUGCUUAACGUGUACAAAUUUUGGAUAUUUAUGAUAUCGAAUCAUUACUGAUUAAAUGUAACUCUAUUUAAUUACAUAUUCCUAUUAAAAUAUGUACAAACUUUCAGAUAAGUUCCAAACGUUUCAUGAAUAAUAUUCAAGCUUAGUGUUAAAUAAAUGAGAUUUUGAAAUUCUGAUCAUUUCAAGUUUUAUAUUGGUUUAUACAAUUUACUG